AUGGAGUGUGACGAUUUGGAUGAAAUUAUGAGACUAUCAGAUGCAGACGUUAAAAUACGCUGCAAUAUGAUUGAGUCGGAGACUAGUAUUCUUAAGAGCGAAAUCAACAGAAUAAAGUCGCAGUUAAAGAUACUACAAGAUCGCACUAAGGAGAAUGAGGACAAGAUACAGCUCAAUAAGCAAUUGCCAUAUCUAGUAUCCAAUGUGAUAGAGUUACUUGAGUUAACUCCUGAUCAAACGGAUGACUUGGAGCCGAGAGAAUCCAAAAUGGACACAAAGGAUAAAUGCAUAGUCAUAAAGACAUCUACUAGGCAAACCAUAUUCCUACCUAUAAUAGGCCUGGUACCCGCCUCAGAACUCGCUCCUGGCGACUUAGUCGGGGUUAAUAAGGAUAGUUAUUUGAUCCUAGACAAGUUACCUCCGGAAUACGACACUAGGGUCAAGGCAAUGGAGGUUUGUGAGAGGCCCAUCGAGGAUUAUACGGAUAUUGGCGGAUUGGAUAAACAAAUAGAGGAAUUGAUUGAGGCAAUAGUUCUGCCAAUUACACACAAGGAAAGGUUUGAUAAGGUUGGUAUUAAGCCACCUAAGGGAGUAUUAAUGUAUGGUCCUCCGGGGACUGGUAAAACACUUCUGGCUCGUGCAUGUGCAGCACAAACCAAAGCCACAUUCUUAAAACUUGCAGCCCCUCAGUUGGUACAAAUGUUCAUUGGCGAUGGAGCUAAAAUGGUCAGGGAUGCAUUUAACUUGGCUAAGGAGAAGGCACCCACAAUUAUCUUCAUAGAUGAGUUGGAUGCAAUCGGCACUAAGAGAUUCGACUCUGAGUUAUCUGGAGAUAGGGAGGUCCAACGGACUAUGCUGGAACUACUUAACCAAUUGGAUGGGUUUAGCAGUGAUGACAGGGUUAAAGUAAUCGCGGCAACAAAUCGUCCAGACUCUUUGGAUCCUGCUCUACUGCGUUCAGGUAGAUUGGAUAGAAAAAUCGAAUUACCUCAUCCAAAUAUUGAAGCUAGGGCACACAUAUUCCAAAUACAUUCAAGGAAGAUGAAUGUCAAUAAGGAAACAAACUUUGACGAAUUAGCACGUUCGACUGACGAUUUUAAUGGCGCACAAAUAAAGGCUACUUGCGUGGAAGCGGGGAUGGUAGCAUUGCGCCGUGGAGCCACCGAAUUGUUUCAUGAAGAUUUUGUUGAGGGAAUUGCUGUUGUACAGGCCAAGAAAAAAUCCCCCCUCAACUAUUUUACUUGA